UUUAAUUGCCCACAAUGCCCUAAAGCGUUUCCAACCAAUUCUGAACUCCGGGAACAUCUGAGAACUCAUUCCGAAAUCAAAACAUACGUCUGCACUCAGUGUGAAAAAAGAUUUUGCCAUCGUGCAUCUCUAAGGACGCAUUUGAAAUAUCAUGAUGAUUUUUGGAAAGAAAAAAUGUUUUCUUGUGAGCAGUGCGAAAAGAAAUUCCUUACACACAGUAUGUUAAAAGAGCACAAAAAGAUCCAUUUAGACUUCAAACCAUUUGAGUGUCAAAUCUGCACACAUCGUUUUCGCUCCAAUUCAUCACUCUUACGUCAUGAACAUACCCACUAUAAAGACGAUAUGAUACCAGAUGAAAGUCGCCAACAAAGAACCUUCCAUUGUACAGAAUGUCCGAAAACUUUCUAUGUUAAGUACGAUUUACAAAGACAUACAGCUGCAGUUCACUUGAAUCUUAAAGACUUUAAAUGCUCCUUUUGUGAAAAAGCAUUCAUUCAUAAAGGUGCUUUAAACCGACACAUUCGAACACAUACUGGAGAGAAACCUUUUUCUUGUGAUCAAUGUGAUAAAUCUUUUGGAGAUAGUAGUGGUCUGAGGUGUCAUAAAAGAGUGCAUUCUGGAAUUAAACCUUACAAGUGUAAAUUGUGUGGCGAAAUUUAUAGUCAGUCAACUUCACUGAAAAACCAU